CCCGACAGUCUCUCUUGAGUAAACUCACUGUGAGCGCGGAUUAUUCAUGAACGCGGAGCGCCGAAUCAUUCGUACUGUGAUUUUACUGCAGCUUUAGGACUUUUACCUCACUCGUUCUCGGUUGGCGCAGUACAGUGACUUUAGGAGAAAACUCAAAAAGUGAAUCAUGACUCAGUUCAACAAGGGACCAGCCUACGGAUUAUCCGCGGAGGUUAAAAACAAGAUUGCACAGAAAUAUGACCUGCAGAAAGAGGAGGAGCUUCGUUUCUGGAUCGAGGAGGUGACUGGCAUGCCGAUCGGAGACAGCUUUCAGAAAGGGCUCAAGGAUGGCGUCAUACUCUGCGAAUUGAUAAAUAAGCUUCAGCCUGGAUCGAUAAAGAAAAUAAACCAUUCACAGUUAAACUGGCAUAAGCUAGAGAACCUCGGGAAUUUCAUCAAAGCCAUUCUAGCCUACGGGCUGAAGCCCAAUGACAUCUUCGAAGCCAACGACCUUUUCGAAAACGGGAACAUGACGCAAGUCCAGACCACACUUCUCGCUUUGGCCAGUAUGGCAAAGACCAAAGGCAUGGAAACGAACAUUGACAUUGGUGUGAAAUAUGCAGACAAGCAGCAGAGAAAUUUUGAUGAUGAGAAGAUGAAGGCUGGCCAGUGUGUCAUCGGACUUCAGAUGGGAACCAACAAAUGCGCAAGCCAGGCUGGUAUGACCGCCUACGGGACCAGGAGACACCUUUACGACCCCAAGACGCAGACAGAGAAACCCUAUGACCAAACCACCAUUAGUCUGCAAAUGGGCACCAAUAAAGGAGCCAGCCAGGCUGGCAUGUCCGCUCCAGGAACCAGGAGGGAUAUCUAUGACCAGAAGGUAGCUUUGCAACCAGUGGAUAACUCCACCAUCUCAUUACAAAUGGGAACCAAUAAGGUGGCCUCUCAGAAAGGCAUGAGUGUGUAUGGCUUGGGACGGCAAGUUUACGACCCCAAGUAUUGCGCCACCCCAACAGAGCCCAUGAUCCACGCCAACGGCAGCCAAGGAACGGGAACGAAUGGCUCGGAAAUCAGCGAUAGUGACUAUCAGGCGGAAUAUCAAGAGGAGGAGUACCAAGGCGAAUACCACGACGAGUACAGAGGGCACUAUAACGACCAGGGCAUCGACUACUAGAGAACCCUUAGUCAAAGCAGUAUUAACACGUUGUAUAUCAACAGAGCAAGUCUUUUGCUAUGCCUUUUGCUUCUCACAGUUACCCCUUCCCUCCCAGCGCAUGUGUUUGGGUAAGCGAUCGUGAGUGGUGAUAUCUCAAAUCUGCAAAUGGUGAAAUUGAUCUUUUAUAAUUUCUUUUAUAAAGUGUUUUUUUAUGAAGUAUGGAGAACUGUAAAGAAAUUUUUCUAGUUUUGCAGUACGAUUCUUCGUUUUACACUCGCUACGCUAGUUUUAAAGCUCAUCCGCCAUUGAAAUCCCGCUUUGCACCAACUGGACUUGAAAGUUCUGAAGACAUUCCUUCCUAAGUCAUUCCUUUUGAAGUCAUUCCAUUUAGAAUUCCAAAAGCCUGGAAAUGUUACAAGCUACAAAUGUUAGCGUUUUAAAAAUUAGCUGACUGGACGACCAAAAACAUUCCGCUAUUGCUUAGUUUUUGUGCUGUAAUAUCGGAAAAUCUUUCCCAUUGUAUUUAUUGCCCUGCUUUUCAUUAUAAAUCCUCUGUCUUUUAUGAAUAAAUUCUAUGUUAUAAAUAAAGUAUUGAAUGUCCACUAUUA